UGAGUUGGUGUUACAGCCUUUGUAUUACGUACUCCCUGGGCACUGUGAGCAAGCCAGACAUCAUAUCACCUUACAGGUGGUAUGGAGGAGAAAACCAAGGUAUAUGUUGGUAAUCUGGGAACUGGUGUCAGCAGAAGAGAGUUAAAAAGGGCUUUCAGUUAUUACGGUCCUUUAAGAACUGUGUGGAUUGUGAAAAAUCCUCCAGGAUUUCCCUUUGUGGAAUUUGAAGAUCCAACACAUGCAGAAGAUGCAGUGCAAGAUCUGGAUGGGAAGGUGAUUUGUGGUUCCAGAAUGAGAGUUGAAUUACCAACAGGCAUGCUUUGGAGAUCUGAUUUUGAAAAUAGACCACUUGCCCAACAUUCAUUUGGUCCCAGUGAUAAGUGUGGCAAAAAAGGACAUCAUGCUUAUGAUUGUCAUCAUUACAGUCAGCAGAGGGGAAGCAGGUUACAGUCUAGAUCAUAUUUAAGAUCCAGAGGUAGGCGAUACUCACACUCAUGUAGCAGGAGCAGGGAGAAAGGUCAAGAUCAGGAUCUCCUCGACCAACAAAAUCAGCUUAACACAGAGGAUCUAGGGCUGGUUCUAUAAAAGGAUAAAGAUCUCCAUCAAGGUCAGGGUCAAGAUCCAGGUCUGUUUCACUGCCAAGAAUCAGUCAA